CUCAUUUAUCGCCUUACACCUGAACUUCCCUUCACCGCCAACUCGACAUACUCUUGCUAUCUACAACGAACUCCAUCUGACAGUUUGAACAAGCUAACAAGAGAAGCAAGACACCAGAAUUAAAUCCACCCCAGCAACCUACAACACUACAAACCAUCAAGCACCAGACCCAACCCCAUCCCAACCCCGCCUACCUCAACUCGUCACUCUGACCCCCUCACCCACCUCCAACCCCUCAACUCAACUCAACCCACCACCCCCAAACCCCAGAAUGAACAUCCUGCACUCAACACUAAGCACCUGGCGCGACCGGCUCGCGCCGAUCUCACGCACGUCAACCUUCCGAACAACCGGCCAAAUCACGCCGGAGGAAUUCAUUCUCGCGGGCGACUACCUAGUGUACAAGUUCCCGUCAUGGUCGUGGGCGGACGCCUCGUCGCCGGGCAAACGGGUCUCGUACCUCCCAGCGGGCAAACAAUUCCUAGUGACGAGGGGGGUACCAUGCCACCGACGGCUGAACGAUGAUUUCGCCGGGGACGCGGGGCGGGAAGACGAGAUCGUGCGGGACAUGCUCUUCGGACCGGACGGGGAAUCGCCGGGGGAUCACGACGAUGAUGGAUGGUUAGCGACCGGUGGUGCCUCCCAAACCCAAACCCACACCCAAACAUCGCAUACCAGCAGCAACACCGGGGGGCGUAUCGGGGAUAUACGCACGGUGGACGAGGCCGGGAACGUGGCAGACCAGGGGGAAGACGAAGAGGAGAUCCCGGACAUGGAGGACGAGGACGACGACGAAGAGGCGAUAAUCCGCGAGCCGGUUGGUGGAGGGUCGGGAGAUAGUGGGAUUUCUCAACCAACAAGAACCUAUAACCUCUACAUCACGUACUCCAACUUCUACCGCACCCCGCGCCUCUACUUGUCCGGCUACCUAUCACCGUCGGAACCGCUCCCGCCCCCGCUCAUGAUGGAAGACAUCGUCGGCGACUACAAGGAUAAGACCGUCACGCUGGAAGAUUUCCCCUGGUUCGACGGGAACGUGAAGAUGGCGACAGUGCAUCCGUGCCGGCACGCCUCCGUCAUGAAGACGCUGCUGGAUCGCGCCGACGCCGCGCUGAAGAUCCGGCGUGAGAAACUGCGCGCUGCUGCUGCUGCACAACAGCACCAGCAAAAAAAUGUGGAGGGCCUAGCGGACGACGUCCGGGGUCUCUCGGUCCAUGACAGACACAGUCACGGGGAUGAAUGGGAGGUCCUGCAACAUGAGCACGACGAGGAAGAGGAUGACGAUGAAGAGCAGUUCGCUAUCCGGGUGGAUCAGUAUCUGGUUGUGUUUUUGAAGUUCAUUGCUAGUGUUACGCCGGGGAUUGAGCAUGAUUUUACCAUGGGGGUUUGAACAUCCUUCCACCGCCCUAAAUUUUGUUCGGUUGAAUUUGAAGUUCUUGCUGGCUUGGGGAGUUCAUUCGGACUUGGCGCUUUCGUUGACAGGGUCUGUUUUUUUCGGGAAAGUACAACUUUCGGUGAUGGAUUAAUUGAGUAGUGAUGCUGAGUAUGCUAUCUAUCCAUUUGAUAAGCAAGGAUUGCGUUGCGUUGCGUUGCGUUGCUUGGCCUGCCUCUUUGCUUCAGUUCGAACAUGACACUUGGUCUUUUGCACAUUUACAUUUCGGAGCCU